CAUUAGACAUGAACCGGUGAUGCCCACGUGUUUCUGGCAAGGCAUUUCUUCAUAUUCUGUCGCUUAAUAUGAAAAUUUUAACCUAUCUCAGCACUUGAGAGACAGAGCAGAACGCUAUUAAGAGUAGGCAGGGCCUUGUUGAAUAUUCACUGAUCUAUCAAAUACAUAUCACCAGUUAACAUAAUCACCAGACAAACUGGCACACCGUUAUCUAUUCCUGCUGUUCAGUUGGCACCAGACACAGGCCGGUUACAUUUUUAAUGUAGGCCUACUUAAACAUUAGAUUCCCUAUGGGGGUGGAUAACAUCUUGAUUAGGCAUGAUAUCUGAAUAAAGUCAUACAUAUAUGUAAAUAAACUGAUUUAUUCCAUUCCAUUUCUAAAACCAAAAUUCACAUCUGUAUUUUACUUAAAUUUUCUAAACCCUGUCCAUGACGACCAUGUGAUUUCAAAGAUGAGUUCCUGAUCUUCCCUUAAUUACAACGAUAUAUAUUUGUAGUUAUCAUAGGCCUUCUUCAAAGUUUUAUUUUGCAUUAAAAGCGGAUGUAAUGUUGCCCAGAUGCGCAAUGUCGACACACAGAAAUGCGCAUUUUUCCAUGAAAAAAAAAAGAAAAAAAAAAAAAAACGCGACCCAUGGAUUCUAAAGUUUCCACGAUAAUUGUGUGAUGCACUUCAGCAGUUUUUCACACAACAGUGUUUUCCAGGCAAAUGAGUGCGGAAUGACAACAACCUCCUCUGCUAACAACGUAAACGACGAACGCGUUCUGGCACAUAAUACUUUCAAAGUAACUUAUGUCGUGGGCGGAAUGGUUACGGUACAUCUCCUCGUCCACAAUCUCAAUGUACAACUUUGGGAAAGGCUAUUUAUCAAAGUUAUGCCUUCCUCCUGGAGAAACCAGAUAGAUUCACGCAGAGCGGUCAAUAGAGACCGCCCCGCAUUUAGACCUGCUGCGAUUUGCAAGCUCCAGAUAGGGUAGUCUACUUGCGCUAUGUUGCUUGGUUAACAUAAACAACACGCCCUUACACUGCCAUCCUUGCCUGUAAGAGAAAGGGACAAGGGGGGUAGGCUACAGUAGUCUUUGAAACUUUGCACUUGAACGGCCUACUGAGAAAAAUGUCUCUCACUAUUAAGAACCUUUCGGUAACAUAUGAUGAAAUCAACGAGGACAAUGUGUUCAGCCGUGGGGAUUGCAUUUCUGGCCACGUUCGUUUAGAAGUUGCAAAGGAAACGAAAAUCAACUCCUUCAAGAUAAAAGCUAGAGGGAAAGCGCGUGUUUGUUGGUCGGAGCAGUUUGGAUAUUAUACCCAUUCCUACAUUAGCUAUGAGCAUUAUUUCAAGUCAGUCCAGUACUUUAUUCAAGAGAAGGACGGCGAGGGUAAGUGGGCUAAGGGCAUUACAAUCAGUAACAUAUCGGCUACUGUUUACCCUGGGUUUGCAUGUUGUACAGUAGCUCUUUCUCUUUACAUGCUGGCUACUGGUUCAAUAUCACUCUUACUCUCUCCAGAGCAAGAUGACAUUCCACUGCUGACAGACCAAGCUGGGCAACUCUAUUCUGAUACAAUUGCACCAGGAUGUCAUAUAUUUCCCUUUACCUUCCAACUACCUCAAGAAGAAAUGCCUCCAUCUUUCAAAGGAGUGCAUUGCAAGAUUGUUUAUUUUCUGGAGGCAAAGCUGACUAGAUCCAUGCGAAUUCCAAGCAAAGCCAGAACAGAGUUCUCCCUUGUCCCAAAACUGGACCCUGACUACCGAUCCGUGCAGUGUAUUCAGGAGGAUUUCACAGAGAAGAAACUGAAAUUCUUCAACAAUGGCAGUGUGUCUAUGAAUAUAUGUAUAGACAACAUGGACUAUCAUUUAGGAGAGGGGAUAACCAUCACAGGACUGAUUGAAAACAACUCAUCCCGCCCAAUCAGGCCUAAAUUCCUCCUGUACCAGAAACAGAGUUGUUUUGCAGAGAAUGAGAGAAAGGUCAACACUCGAGAAAUCCUGAAGGAAGAAGGGGAUAUCAUUGAGCCAUCCACUUCUAUUAAUUUGACCAAAGUGCUGACCCUCCCGACUAACAUCUCUACAUCUAUUCUCAACAGUAAAAUCCUCAAAGUCGAGCACAGACUUACAGUGUAUCUUGAUGUCAAAUAUGCCAUGGACCCAGAAAUUAAGUUUGAGGUAGAACUCCUUCCUCCACGACAAGUCCGGGGGUGGAGGCCUCCAUUUGAGGAUGGUGAGAGCAACUCCUGUGGUGAGGGCCAAGAGGAGGCGUACACGGUAUCUUUCUCAGAGUGUCCUCCCCCAUACUCCGACUGUGAGAUGUACGCCACCUCUUUUGAAACACCAGUGUAUUGCACAGGCUUGGAGGAACUCCGUAACAUGCCUUUUCUGUCUGUGCCGCCUCUUUCACCACUGCUCCAUUUCCUUGUAGAUGGUAAAUUGUGGCUCUGGUUCCCGGUCAGCUCUGUGAUCUGCAUUGCUGGGAUUGUUAAUGCUCAGCUGUGCAACUUCAGCCGUGCCCCAGCCGAUGUCCUCCGCCCCUGGACCUUUGUGCUGAAGACUGAAGUCAAGACGGGCACUGCUGUUUUGCUUAUUCUUAAAAUGAGUCCGAUUAAGAGCUUGAAAGUUACAUACGACGCAAUUAACGAGAACAAUACUUUCAGUAGUGGUGACUUCAUUUCUGGGCGCGUUACACUUGAAGUUGAGAAGGAAACGGAGAUCAAGUCUUUUUUAAUUAAAGCAAAAGGUAAAGCAAGUGUCCUAUGGACCCAUCAAGUCGGCACGAUUACUAUGGUUUUCUACGACAAAGAAACCCUUUUCAAAUCGGAACAUUUCUUUAUAGAUGAGAAGAAAGAUGAAGAAUCCGAUGUUGUUCAUCCAGGAUGCCAUGUGUACCCAUUCUCUUUUCAAAUACCCCCACAGGACAUGCCAUCAUCCUUCAAAGGUGGAGCUGGAAAAGUGGUUUACUUCUUAGAGGCAAAAGUGACCAGGUCCAUGCAGCUGUCUACCAAAGACAAAACUGACUUCACUUUUUUGUCCAAGACAGAUAUUCCUGUUCCAGACAUGGAGGAGCCUCAGGUUGGGUCAGCAGACAAGCACUUGAGGUUUUUUAACUCUGGAAAUCUCUCAGUUAAUGCAACUAUUGAUGGCAUGAAAUAUUACCCGGGAGGUGAAUUGAAGAUUAUGGCAGAGAUUCAGAACAACUCUUCUCGUGCCAUUACGCCCAAAUAUUGCCUAUACCAGAAACAAAGUUUCUUUGCACUGAAAUCGAGUCGAGUUCACCAUGCAGAGGUUGUCAAAGAGGAAGGAGAGCCAAUUGAACCAUCAACAAAUAAAAAUGUGAUCGUAUCACUAAGUAUUCCAUCAGAUACCAUCCCCUCCAUUCUCUCCAACUGCAAGGUCCUCAAAGUGGAAUACAAGCUCAAGGUCUAUCUGGAUAUCAAGUACUCCAGAGAUCCAGCGAUCAAGUUUCCAUUGGUCAUCGCUCUUGCCCCACAAAUAACAGAUGGAGCAACCACAUUAGAGGCCAAAUCAGAGGCCAAAUCAGAGGCCAAAUCAGAGGCCACAUCGGAGGAAAAAUCAGAGGCCACAUCAGAGGUCUUGGAAGGAGCAGAGCGACCUCCUCCAUAUAACAGUCUAUAUCCAACCCUACCCAACCCAUCAGGGAGUUCUUAA